UCACUGACGGACGAAGAGAAGGCCAGCCUUUCUAUCAGUCGGUCGAUCGCCAAACAGAAUCUGACCGAAAAUAAGCCAUUUCUGGAGGCAAUACUUAAUUCGUUGGACUUUGACAGUCAACCCGACGAUCGGAUGACAAUAUUCUCGUUGUGUCUUCUCUACGCUAUUAUCCAUAACUCAGGUAUUCAUCGGUGGAAUCCAUGUCUCUUUGGCAUUGCUGAAGACAAGUUCAAAGAAGUGGUUCUGCACGAUAUGUCCUCCAAAGCAAACACUAGUCAAACAACUAAACAAUCGGAAACACUUCACGAAGAGUUGAUUCAUUUGUUGAUUGAAAUUAUGCGCAAAUGCUGUCAAUACAAUAGCAAAAUACGUUUAAUAACACUAGAGAUGAGUGUCUUAUUGCUGAAGCGUCUGGUGAUAAGGAAUGGUGUGUCGAUUCUGUCGGACCAUCACUUGGCUGUCUUAGAACAGGCCAAAGAGGAGGCGAUACUAAUCCUCCGCAACUUCUAUAAGAGCGAAGAGGAGAUGCUAUUCCUCGACAUGUUUGAAGACGAACACCAGCAGCUCCUCAAACGACAGCUCAACGUCGAGUACCUGAUGAUGGACUCGAAGCUACUGUUGCCGCCCAACCAAUUGACGCCACUCAUGAUGACCGGCAUUGAGUUCAACCGACGCCUCCCCUGCGCCGACGUCGAGCGCACCCGAUAUGCCAUACAAGUCUUCUUCUUAUUGCGAAAUCUGUCGCUUUGUCUCAGAGAUGAGACCGAAACUCAAUUACCGCUCACUAACUAUGACUCAUGUAUUAAAGUGGAUCAACUGCUCGACUUGAACAACAGCGAUCUGAUCGCGUGUACCGUUAUGUCCAAAGAUCAGCCAAAGUUGAGGCGCUUUAUGGUGAUCGACGCGCAACAGUUGGUGCUGAUAGAGCCCGACACGAAGCGGUUGGGGUGGGGAGUGGCCAAGUUUGUGGCCUGGCUUCAGGACGUAGAGGUGAGCGCCGACAAAGACGACUCCCGUUCGCUACACAUCCAGAUCCGGCCGUGCGCUCAGACGAGUGCCAUUCGCCGCACACAACUCAACGCCAAGUUUGUGUUCGACGAUCACAUCCGGUGUUUGGCCGCCAAACAGAGGCUCACCAAAGGGCGGGUGCGGUCGCGGCAGCGGAAGAUGCAUCAAAUCGCACGACUCAUCGAAAUGGGUGGCGAUGGCAGCGCCGGUGGAGGCUCUGCGGUCGGUUCCCGCGCCUCGUCGUCGUCCAAUCGUGACAUUCCUCGCAGUCAUUCCAAUCACGACGGACUCCAGAAACGACAUCUACACAAACCGUUAUGCAGAGGACCGGCUAUUCCCGGGUCGGCAGUGGUCGCCGAACUCAACCCCAACCGACACCUCAAGCCAUCGCUACAUCGGCGCCGAUCUGCCUCUUCGACGUCACCCAAUGGCGGAGGCAGUGGCAGCGCAUCUCAUAGUCGCGAUUCGUCUCCGCGGCCAACGCUGGCCGACGCCGAAGAGAUGAUACCGUUGGAGGACAUGUCGCCGAAGUCUAGUCGCCGCCGGAGUCGCUCGAAGUCCGAGAACCGAUCGCAGCAGCCGUUAGUGUCCGGCGAUAAAUGCGAAAGAGUUUGA